AUGUCGCCAGAACUCAGCCCAGAACUGCAGGACCGCUUGGAGGAGCUGGACAAGGAAUUAGAAGAAGGCGAUAUUACGCAAAAGGGAUAUCAAAAGCGAAGGACACAGCUGCUCUCCCUGUACGGUGCUGUCCCACAAGAACCGACCGGCCUGCGCAUCCACUCUCCCGACAGCUCCUCCCACCCUUCCAACGAUGGCACGCGGGCAGGCGCCCUUGCGGCCUUGAGUGCCAACUCCCCCGACCUGAGCCUUCCCCCUUCUCCCGGCCUCGGCACCGGAUCUGGCACCGGCAUGUCUUCUCCGUCUGGGUUCCAACCGCAGUCACCAUACUCUCUACCUCCCGAGCAGCACCCAGCCUCCCUGCUUGCUCCAGGGGGCACCUUCGCCGACUCCCGCCCUGGUCUUCGCCAACGCGACUCCCUCUUCCUCGUACCGGGACAGGGCUUAGAACAUGCCGAGUCCACAAGGUCCCCUACGAUGGCUUCGGGUGACUAUGCUUUCAACCCAGAAAACCAAGGCGGAUAUGGAGAACCUGGGCAACGCACACCCUACGACAGCAGGACGGGCACUCUGCUGGACUCGCAAGGCUACUUUUCCGACUUCGCCGGCCAGCAGGCCUACGACCAGAAUCCCUCGGAGCAAUAUGGAGGGCCACAACGAUACUCCUCGAGCGACGCCUUCUCCCCGACCGCCGCCAUGGCUCCUCCCAUGCUCACGGCCAACGACCUACCCACCGCUGAGGUCCUUGAAUACCAAAUGCCGCUCGAACCUCGUGAGGUCCCCUUCGCCAUCUUCGACCCACACGACUCGAACGUACAGAUGUCACAAUUCGAUAACAUAGCAGCGGUUCUGCGUCACCGUGGUCGCACGUCUGCCAAGCUUCCGGCAUACUGGGUUCUAGACAAUCGCGGAAAGGAGACUGCGUCUAUCACAUGGGAUAAAUUGGCCUCGAGGGCAGAAAAGGUGGCACAAGUCAUACGGGAUAAGAGCUCGUUGUACAGGGGUGAUCGGGUCGCGCUCAUAUAUCGCGAUACCGAGAUCAUCGACUUCGCUAUCGCUCUCCUCGGUUGCUUCAUCGCCGGCGUCGUCGCAGUGCCUAUCAAUGAAUUACAAGAUUACCAGAAACUCAACCUGAUUCUGACAUCAACACAAGCCCACCUGGCCCUGACCACUGACAACAACCUGAAAGCGUUCCAGAGAGACAUCACAGUUCAGAAGCUUACGUGGCCCAAGGGAGUGGAAUGGUGGAAGACGAACGAGUUCGGCAGCUAUCACCCCAAGAAGAAGGACGAUACCCCGGCGCUGUCUGUGCCAGAUUUGGCCUACGUCGAGUUUUCCAGGGCUCCCACUGGCGAUCUGAGAGGAGUAGUGCUGAGCCACCGGACUAUCAUGCAUCAAAUGGCUUGCUUGAGCGCUAUAAUAUCGCAGGUGCCUAGCAAUUCGCCUGGCGACACCUUCAGUUCAUCACUUCGCGAUAAGAACGGACGGCUGAUUGGAGGAGGCGCAAGUAGCGAGAUACUGUUAUCGUACUUGGAUCCACGUCAAGGCAUUGGUAUGAUACUUGGCGUCUUGCUCACUGUCUAUGGUGGACAUACGACCGUCUGGCUGGAGAACAAGGCUGUUGAGGUCCCUGGCCUCUACGCGCACCUCAUCACCAAAUACAGGGCCACGCUCAUGGUUGCCGACUACCCUGGCUUAAAACGAGCUGCUUACAACUACCAGCAAGAUCCAAUGACGACCCGGAACUACAAGAAGGGAACCGAGCCGAACUUCCAGUCAGUGAAGCUGUGUUUGAUUGAUACCGUCACGGUCGAUUGCGAAUUCCACGAGCUUCUUGCAGAUCGAUGGCUCAGGCCAUUGAGGAACCCAAGGGCUCGAGAAGUCGUAGCCCCCAUGCUUUGUCUUCCCGAGCAUGGAGGCAUGGUCAUCAGCGUCCGAGACUGGCUUGGUGGAGAGGAGCGUAUGGGCUGCCCCCUCAAGCUGGACGUGGACGAGGAGGACACAGACUCUGAGGCGGAAAGGGCCAGAGAAGAGAAGGAGAAACCAUCGAACGGUUUCGGUGGCAGUCUUCUCAGUGGAGGCACGACCAAUGUGACUGAACAGCGCGCUAAGAACGAGUUGAGCGAGGUCCUCCUCGACAGAGAAGCCUUGAAAUCCAACGAGGUUCUCGUGGUUGCUAUUGGUGACGAGGCGAGGAAGAAGUCCAGUGACUCGACCACCGUCCGCAUUGGCGCUUUCGGGUACCCAAUACCGGACGCGACACUCUCCGUCGUCGAUCCGGAAACCGGCUUGCUUGCUUCUCCUCACUCCAUCGGAGAGAUUUGGGUGGACUCACCCUCAUUAUCCGGUGGGUUCUGGGCUCUUCCCAAACAUACCGAGCAGAUAUUCCAUGCGAGGCCCUACAAGUUCGACCCUGGGAACCCCACACCAACUCCAGUGGAGCCAGAGUUCUUGCGGACGGGGCUGCUAGGUACCAUCAUCGAAGGCAAGGUCUUUGUUCUUGGACUGUACGAGGAUCGGAUCAGGCAGAAGGUGGAAUGGGUCGAACAUGGCCAUGAGGUGGCCGAGUACCGAUAUUUCUUCGUGCAACACCUCGUUGUUAGCAUCAUGCGGAACAUUCCCAAGAUCUUCGACUGUUCUGCCUUCGACGUUUUUGUCAACGAGGAGCAUCUCCCCAUUGUGGUUCUAGAAUCAACGUCAGCUUCAACGGCGCCUGCAACCUCCGGUGGCCCCCCUCGACAAUUAGAUACCGCGCUUUUGGACUCUCUGUCAGAAAGGUGCAUGGACGUUCUCAUGCAGGAGCACCAUCUGCGUGUGUACUGCGUAUUGAUCACAGCGCCGAACUCACUCCCCAGAGUGCUCAAGAACGGUCGUAGGGAGAUUGGAAACAUGCUCUGUCGCAAGGAGUUCGACCUCGGCAACCUGCCUGCAGUGCAUGUCAAGUUUGGUGUCGAACAUGCCGUGCUGAACCUGCCGAUUGGUGUCGAUCCGAUAGGUGGGAUCUGGUCCAAUAUUGCCUCAGACUCUCGAGCCGAGGUGUUGGGGCCAGUUGACAAGCAAUAUUCUGGUAUCGACCGUCGCGAGGUCGUUAUUGAUGAUCGCACGUCUACACCGCUCAACAAUUUUAGGACUAUCACCGACCUCAUCCAGUGGAGAGUGGCAAGGCAGCCCGAAGAGCUAUCCUACUGUACUAUUGACGCUAAAGGCAAAGAGGGCAAGGGCAUCACAUGGAAGAAGUUCGACACCAGGGUUGCUGCAGUAGCCAUGUACCUGAAGAACAAGGUCAAGAUCCGAGCGAGGGAUCAUGUCAUACUCAUGUAUACGCACUCGGAAGAGUUUGUGUUCGCCGUCCAUGCGUGCAUAAACCUCGGCGCGGUUAUUAUCCCUUGCGCCCCGAUGGAUCAAAAUCGACUACCCGAAGACGUGCCGGCAUUUUUACACCUGGUAGCAGACUACAAUGUGAGGGCCGUGUUGGUCAACCAGGAAGUCGAUCACCUGCUCAAAAUGAAGCCGGUAGCCCAACACAUCAAACAGUCUGCCCAGAUUCUGAAGAUCAAUGUGCCGCCUUGCUACAACACGACCAAGCCCCCAAAACAAAACAACGGUUUGAGGGAUCUUGGAAUCACCGUGGACCCUUCAUGGAUACAGCCAGGCUACCCAGUCAUCAUCUGGACUUACUGGACACCCGACCAACGGAGACUCGCUGUGCAGCUGGGGCAUGACACAAUUCUCGGCAUGUGCAAGGUUCAAAAGGAAACAUGUCAAAUGACCAGCUCUCGGCCAGUGUUGGGAUGCGUUAGGAGUACUACAGGCCUGGGCUUCAUCCAUACUUGUCUCAUGGGCAUUUACAUUGGCACACCCACGUACUUACUAUCGCCUGUGGAGUUUGCGCAGAACCCGAUCUCUCUGUUCAUGAUUCUUUCACGGUACAAGGUCAAGGAUACGUACGCCACGCCUCAAAUGCUUGACCAUGCUAUGGCGCUCAUGCCAGGAAAAGGAUUCACUCUACACGAAAUGAAGAACAUGAUGAUUUCGGCGGAAACCCGGCCGCGGAUCGAUGUUUUCCAGAAAGUACGGCUGCAUUUCGCAGCCACUGGCCUCGAUCGUACGGCUAUCAAUACGGUCUACUCUCACGUCCUCAACCCCAUGAUCGCGUCUCGUUCGUACAUGUGCAUCGAGCCGAUCGAGCUCUGGCUUGACACCAAGGCCCUUCGACGUGGUCUUGUCAUCCCUACAGACCCCGAGACAGACCCCAAGGCCCUCCUUCUUCAGGACUCCGGCAUGGUCCCAGUUUCUACGCAGAUCGCAAUUGUCAACCCUGAAAGUCGUAUACUUUGUUGCGACGGUGAAUAUGGUGAAAUCUGGGUUGACUCCGAGGCUUGUGUCAAAGGUUUUUACGGCUCCAAGGACAUAUUCGAUGCAGAGAGGUUCGAUGGCCGCACGCUUGAUGGAGACCCAAGUAUCAGCUACGUGAGGACCGGUGAUCUCGGCUUCCUGCACUGUGUGAGCAGACCUAUUGGUCCUGGUGGUGCGCAGGUGGACAUGCAGGUGUUGUUCGUGUUGGGAAGCAUUGGUGAAACGUUCGAAAUCAACGGGCUAAGUCAUUAUCCCAUGGAUAUCGAGGCAUCCGUGGAGAAGAGCCACAGAAAUAUUGUGUCGGGAGGCUGUGCAAUCUUCCAAGCUGGCGGUCUCGUCGUAGUGGUUGUUGAGGUCAGCCGCAAAGCAUACCUCGCCUCGAUCGUGCCAGUAAUCGUCAACUCCAUCCUCAACGAACAUCAGAUCAUUGUCGACAUUGUUGCCUUUGUUUCCAAGGGCGAUUUCCCGCGCUCCCGUCUCGGCGAGAAACAAAGGGGUAAGAUCCUCGCAGGCUGGGUCUCUCGCAAGAUGAGAACGAUAGCACAGUUCGCCAUCAGGGACGCAUCAACUGGCCUGGGUAACGGCGAGGGUGAGACGACGCCUGAGGCCCAUCGGGCUAGUUACAGCAGCUAUCGAAGUAGUAGCGGUGCGCAAAUUGGCCUUGCCUCUGUUGGUAGCACUCUCCGAAACGUCGAGCCAGCCCCGCAGAUUCUCGAACAGAGAGAACUCGAAACACAACUUGAGCGCAUCUCUGCCCUUCCACCAGAGGCGAGGGCCAAUUACGGGCCGGGUCCAGGGGACAACGGCAAUGGCAAUGGCCGUGAUCAAAUGACACCCACAGGGCCCUCCGCACCGCAGGGGCAUGGCUUUGAUCUGCCCGACUUCGGCCAAUUUGACCAUGACAAUGGACCACCAGGCCCUGGUCCGAAGCCUGGUAUGCACCAGCAGCCACCAGAGAUUCGACUUCCUGAAUUUCAAGGCGUGGACUGGAGAGGCCAUCCAACAUACGGUCCAGCCGGGCACGCUCGCAACCCGUCUUUGCAGAAUGAGGAGGACUGGACAGCAGAUGCGAUUGCCUCAAUGGAUCUUGCUGAUCGCGGCGACGGUGGUGGAAGGGGCUACUAG